AAUAAUGAAUUUUGGGGACGAAGGGGAAAUUUUGAUUGUAAUAUUUUAAUCACUCAACAACCAAUGUUGUGCGAGGGAACUCCAUAACAUUACCUAUCUUCUUCUUUCUGGAUUCCCUCUGCAACUUAUGGCGUUAUCCUCACUGCCCAUCUUCUUCUUCUUCGUUUUCGUCUUCAUAAUCAUCCCAAUUUCUCAUUCCUUACCCUUUAUUGUACUCCAUGGCAUUGGAGAUAAAUGUUCAAAUAAAGGCAUGAGGAAAUUUACUAAGUACUUGAGUGAUAAUUCUGGUUCUAAAGGAUAUUGCAUAGAAAUUGGCAACGGGGGUUGGGAUUCAUGGUUUAUGACACUUGAGGCGCAGUCUCAAAUUGUUUGCAACAAGGUGGUGAAGAAAAUGAAGGAUCUAAAAGAGGGCUUCAAUUUUGUUGGUCUCUCCCAGGGUAACUUAAUUGGUCGAGCAGUUGUGGAGUUUUGCGAUGGAGCUCCUCCCGUUCAAAAUUUUAUUUCUUUGGGCGGUCCUCAUGCUGGCAUAUCCUCCGUUCCACUUUGUGGUUCUGGUAUUUGGUGCCUACUUGCAGACGACCUUUUGAAGUUAGCUAUCUACUCAGAUGUUGUACAAAAUUCAUUGGCUCCCAGUGGAUUUAUUAAAUUACCAAAUGAUAUUCCUAACUAUUUGGAGCACUGUAAAUUUCUCCCGAAGCUCAAUAAUGAACGUCCUGAUGCCAGAAACUCCACUUACAAGGAACGAUUUAGCAGCUUAAAGAACUUGGUACUAAUCAUGUUUGAGGAUGACACUGUUCUGGUCCCAAAGGAAACGUCCUGGUUCGGAUACUACCCGGACGGAGAGUUUGAACCCAUUUUACCCCCACAGCAGACGAAGCUUUACAUUGAGGAUUGGAUUGGAUUGAGAAGCUUAGAUGAAGGUGGAAGAGUGAAAUUUAUAAAAGUUGCAGGAGGUCAUCUUGGAAUAUCUUAUAGUGAUGCAAAAAAGUACAUUGUUCCUUAUUUGGAGGAGGAACAUCAACCUUCUCAAUUUGAUCUACAAAUUAAAACAAACAAUGUCUCUUCGAGUUUAGCUUAGCUCAGAGAGAGAUAGUAAUUUUAAUAAUUCAAUCAAAAUACCUUCAACCCUUUAUGUUCAAAUACUACACUUUUAUAUAAUAAGAGAAUUUUUUUUCUUUCAA